AUGCUGUCCCUGAAGAGAAGUCGAGCUGGUCACCUUGGUUAUUUAAACAGAUUGUACAAAGACGUCGAGUUAUUAAUGCAAAACGCGAAUAAUUAUCAUGUGGCUUGUAAGAAGAAAAAAGAUGUUGAAAUCGCGUUUGCGAGAUGUUUUCAAGCCUACGACGAAUAUUAUCAAUUCACCAUCGACCCCGAAGUCAAAUCAGAUGCGCUUAAUGCUUUUCACAGCAUAGUGACAGGGAAAAAGGAAUUCGACGAGCGUUUUGAAGAAUGGUCGCGAUCCGUUCAACGUACCGUGGAUAACACUUCAGUGGUUCCUCGCCAAGAUUAUGGUGAUACUGCCGAAUCACAGAUUGUCACACGUUCAGUAGUCACCUCAAGUAGCAGAAAUUCGAAGAGCCCCAAGUCCAGCUCACGUGCAAGUGAUCGAUCAAAAAAGGCUUAAGCCGAGCUGCUUCGUCGUGAAGUUGAGUUAAAGAAUCUGUUAAAGCGCCAGGAGAUGGAACGUCAAAUGGAACGUCAAAUUGCCGAGAUGAAAAUUCAAGAAGAUGAAUUGAAACGCCGGAUUGCUUUAUUGACCGCAGAAGGGGAAAUAGAGAAAGCUAAGGCCGUUGAUGAGCUUUAUGAAAAUUCGGAAUAUUCAAAACGUGGUAUCGAGGCAGAGUAG